CGUGCGCGCUAUUGAGCGAGAAAAAGUGCGUGUGUGUGAUGCUGGGUGACACCGUUCUCGCACAACUUUGUUCUGAAUAAGCUCGGGGAGGAGGAGGGGCAGGCGGCGGCAGCAGCUCGUACUUGACGUGUUGAGUGGGACUGUACGGAAAGCACUAUGUAAAAGUCCCAACAGUGUAAACAAGACAUUAGAGAGUGUCGCCGUGUGUCCAGCAUGAGGCGCCCCUUGGUCUGUAGCUAGUUCCCGGAGAGAGAGAGAGGGGGGGUAUGUGGAGGUAGUCGGGGAGGGGGGGGGGGAGUGAGCCCCACAAUAAGGCGGUGUGUUUACACGCCCGGCCAUUUCCUCACACACACUCACACAGGAGUACCGCCGCCGCCGCCACCACCGUGUGACUGCCAGUGACGCUGCAUUUCCAUGAAAUCGUGCGGAGUGUCGCUCUCCGCCGCAGCUGUGCUCUCUGCUGCUGCCGCCGCUGCUGCCUCCCUCGGUGAUGAGGAAAAGAAAAUGGCGGCGGGAAAAGCGAGCGAGAGCGAAGAGGACUUCCCUAACCUGACAGCGGAUGAGAGAGAAGCCUUGGCCGGCCUCGACAGCCGCCUCUAUGGAUUUUUAAGGCUUCAUGAAGAUGGCGCCAGAACGAAGGCCUUGCUGUCCAAGGCUGUUCGUUGCUAUGAGGCCCUAAUCUUAAAAUCUGAAGGAAAAGUGGAGUCUGAUUUCUUCUGUCAGUUAGGCCAUUUCAACCUAUUAUUGGAAGACUAUCCAAAAGCAUUAUCUGCAUACCAGAGGUACUACAGUUUACAAUCUGACUACUGGAAGAAUGCUGCCUUUCUUUAUGGCCUUGGAUUGGUCUACUUCCAUUACAAUGCAUUUCACUGGGCAAUUAGAGCAUUUCAGGAAGUGCUUUAUGUCGAUCCUGGCUUUUGCCGCGCCAAGGAAAUUCAUCUACGACUUGGACUUAUGUUCAAAGUGAACACUGACUAUGAGUCAAGUUUAAAGCAUUUUCAGUUGGCUUUGAUUGACUGUAAUCCCUGCACUUUGUCCAAAGCUGAAAUUCAGUUUCACAUUGCUCACUUGUACGAAACACAGAGAAAGUACCACUCUGCAAAAGAAGCAUAUGAGCAACUUCUGCAGACUGAAAACCUUCCUACACAAGUAAAGGCUACUGUUCUGCAACAGCUAGGAUGGAUGCAUCACACUGUGGAUCAGUUGGGAGAUAAAGCCACAAAAGCCAACUAUGCCAUCCAAUAUCUUCAGAAAUCAUUAGAGGCCGAUCCCAACUCUGGUCAGUCCUGGUAUUUCCUUGGAAGGUGCUACUCCAGUAUCGGGAAGGUUCAGGAUGCUUUUAUAUCCUACAGGCAAUCUAUUGAUAAGUCAGAAGCAAGUGCUGACACAUGGUGUUCAAUAGGUGUGCUGUAUCAACAGCAGAAUCAGCCCAUGGAUGCUCUGCAGGCCUAUAUUUGUGCUGUUCAGUUGGAUCAUGGCCAUGCUGCAGCCUGGAUGGAUCUGGGUACACUCUAUGAAUCCUGCAACCAGCCUCAGGAUGCUAUCAAAUGCUACCUAAAUGCCACAAGGAGCAAACAUUGUAGUAACUCCUCUGCACUUGCAGCUCGGAUUAAGUACUUACAGGCUCAGUUGUGUAACCUUCCUCAAGGUAGUCUACAGAGUAAAACUAAAUUGCUUCCUAGUAUUGAGGAGGCAUGGAGCCUACCAAUCCCCGCAGAGCUUACCUCCAGGCAGGGUGCCAUGAACUCAGCACAGCAGGCCUGUAAACCUCAUCAUCAGAAUGCUGAAUCUGUACUAGGCCUCAGUCAAACACCAAUUUCACAGCAGUCCUUGCCACUACAUAUGACUCCUAGCCAGGUAGAUGAACUCUCAAGUCCUGCCAAGAGGAAAAGAACUUCUAGUCCAGCAAAGAAUACUUCUGAAACCUGGGGCAGUGGCAAUGUAGCGCCACAUACUCCAGCCCAACAAGUUCAUUCUUGGUCUUUGCCACCACAGAAGUUACAGCAACUGGAGCAGCUAAAAGCGAACAGGAAUAAUUUAAAUCCUGCACAAAAAGCAUUGUUGGAACAGUUAGAGGGUCAGUUUGUCCUAAUGCAGCAACAUCAGCAGAUGAGACAAACGGGAGCUCCACAGGUACGAUCUACUGGAAUUGCUAAUGGGCCAACAGCUGACUCAUCACUGCCUACAAACUCUGUUUCUGGUCAGCAGCAUCAAGUUGCAUUAAACAGAGCGCUUAAUGUCACUCAGCCUGGAAUCCGUCCAGCUUGCCCUGUGCAGCCUGUGGCUAAUGGACCUUUUCCGGCAGGCCAAGUUUCCUGCAGCACCACAGGGACAAUGGGUAGUACAGACGCUAUGUUGAUAGGCAAUAAUCAUAAAACAGGAAGUGGAAGUAAUGGAAACGUGCCUUACCCGCAGCGAAAUGCACUCGCUCUACCUCAUAACCGCACAAACCUGACCAGCAGCACAGAGGAGCCGUGGAAAAACCAACUAUCUAACUCCACUCAGGGGCUUCAUAAAGGUCAGAAUUCACAUUCGGCAGGUCCUAAUGGUGAACGACCGAUUUCUUCCACUGGGCCUUCCCAGCAUCUCCAAGCAGCUGGCACUGGUAUUCAAAAUCAGGUUGGACAUCCUACCAUGCCUAGCAAUUCAGUAACACAGGGGGCUGCUCUCAAUCACCUCUCCUCUCACACUGCUACCUCAGGUGGACAACAAGGCAUUACUUUAACCAAAGAGAGCAAGCCUUCAGGAAAUGGAACAGUGCCUGAAACAAGCAGGCUUUCUGAAGGGACACCUAACAGUACUGCCGGUGUAGAGGGACUUCCUAAUCAUGUCCAUCAGGUGACGGCAGAUACUGUUCCUAGCCCUAGCCAUGGAGAUUCUAAGUCACCAGGUUUACUUAGUUCAGACAAUCCUCAGCUCUCUGCCUUGUUGAUGAGAAAAGCCAAUAACAAUGUGGGUACUGGAACCUGUGAUAAAGUCAACAAUAUUCAUCCAGCUGUUCAUACAAAAACUGAGAAUUCUGUUGCCUCCUCCCCAUCUUCAGCCAUUUCCACAGCAACACCUUCUCCAAAAUCUACUGAACAGACAAUGACCAACAGUGUUAUCAGCCUUAACAGCCCCCAUAGUGGACUUGAUGCAGUCAAUGGGGAGGGUAUGGAGGACUCUCAGAGCCCUAAAAAGGACCCAGCUAUAAUUAGCCACAAACAAAGCCCUCAGACUAUACCAUCCAUGUCCGUUUCCAUAUACCCUAGCUCAACAGAAGUUUUAAAAGCAUGCCGGAAUCUUGGCAAGAAUGGUCUAUCAAACAGUAGCAUUUUACUGGACAAGUGCCCCCCACCAAGACCACCUCCACCUCCUUAUCCACCAUUACCAACAGAUAAAUUAAAUCCACCUACGCCUAGCAUUUAUUUGGAGAAUAAGCGAGAUGCUUUCUUUCCUCCUCUGCAUCAGUUCUGCACAAGUCCAAACAAUCCUGUCACUGUUAUCCGAGGCCUUGCUGGAGCACUUAAACUAGAUCUUGGAUUAUUCUCUACUAAAACACUGGUUGAAGCAAAUACAGAGCAUAUAGUUGAAGUGAGGACACAAUUAUUACAGCCUUCAGAUGAAAACUGGGACCCCACUGGAACAAAGAAAAUGUGGCGUUGUGAGAGUAGUCGCUCACAUACUACCAUUGCAAAAUAUGCACAGUACCAGGCUGCUUCAUUCCAGGAGUCAUUAAGGGAGGAGAAUGAGAAAAAAAGCCACCACAAAGAUCACUCGGACAGUGAAUCCACAUCCUCAGACAACCCUGGUAGGAAGAGAAGAGGCCCUUUUAAAACCAUUAAAUUUGGGACCAACAUUGAUAUGUCCGAUGAUAGAAAGUGGAAAUUACAGCUACAUGAAUUGACCAAACUUCCAGCAUUUGCACGUGUGGUAUCGGCCGGAAAUCUCCUGAGUCAUGUUGGUCACACCAUAUUAGGAAUGAACACCGUACAGUUAUAUAUGAAGGUACCAGGCAGCAGAACACCAGGUCAUCAAGAGAACAAUAAUUUUUGUUCUGUGAAUAUAAAUAUUGGGCCUGGAGAUUGUGAAUGGUUUGUGGUCCCAGAGUCGUACUGGUGUGUGAUGAAUGACUUUUGUGAAAAAAAUAAUAUAAAUUAUCUUUUGGGAUCUUGGUGGCCCAACCUUGAAGACUUGCAUGAAGCAAAUGUUCCAGUUUACAGGUUUAUUCAAAGACCGGGGGAUUUAGUUUGGAUAAAUGCUGGAACAGUCCAUUGGGUUCAGGCAAUCGGCUGGUGUAAUAACAUUGCAUGGAAUGUUGGUCCUCUUACAGCUUACCAGUAUAAGCUAGCUGUGGAAAGGUACGAAUGGAAUAAAUUGCAGUGUGUAAAAUCUAUAGUACCAAUGGUUCAUCUCUCCUGGAACAUGGCAAGGAACAUCAAAGUGUCUGAUCCAAAACUCUUUGAAAUGAUUAAGUACUGCUUACUGAGGACAUUGAAGCAGUGCCAGGCUUUAAGAGAAGCUCUUAUAGCCACAGGCAAGGAGGUUGUAUGGCAUGGACGAACAAAAGAGGAACCUGCACAUUACUGUAACAUCUGUGAGGUGGAAGUACUCAAUUUGCUUUUUAUUACAAAAGAAAGCAAUUCUCGGAAGACCUAUAUAGUUCAUUGCCAUGACUGUGCACGAAAAACGAAUCCAGAUCUGGAAAACUUUGUGGUGCUAGAACAGUACAAAAUUGAGGAACUAAUGCAAAUUUAUGAUUUAUUUACAUUAGCUCCUCCAAUGCCUUCACCAUCUUCUUGACAUUUUUCUGUGGACAGUAAAUACGGACAUUUCUGAUAUUCAGGAAGCAACCCAGUUCUGCACCACUGUUUUUAUUUUUAGUUUUUUUUUUCCUUUUUUUUAUUUUUUUUAGGUAGCUGUUCCAUAAAGGCUGCUGGCUGAAAGCUGCGUCUAUGCAACCUUCCAAGUGCGGAGUGUCAACCAACUGGACAGGAGAUGUGCUCCUAUUCCAGGACUUUACUAUAAAUAAAUGCUGAUCCAGCUAUUCAUUAAAGAAGAAAUCCACGUUUUGUGUGAAUAUAUACAUUAUAUAUAUAUAAUAUAUAUAUUCUCUGUCAAAACUGGCAACAUUAUACAGACUACUGACUUGAAAAUCACUUUAGGGUUUUUCCUUUUACAAUUUUUGUUUUUCUCCCGCUUUCUCUGUUUAAAACUGUUUAAUUUCUAUCCCACAUCCUUUUCCAGUUUUGAUUUAAGUACUAACUUAGCUGGUUGUCUUUGUAUGGUAGUUCGAACUUUUAUGUCUUUUGGGCAAUUUUUUAAUGUGAAAUGUGAUUUUUUUUUUCUUUUUUUUUCAAUUUUUAACCAGCUUUCAGUUUUUCAUUUCUGUUUUGUUUUGAAAACCAUGACGGUUACAAUUUAUGUUUCCUAAAAAAAAGAAAAAGAAAAAAAAGUAUGAAAAAUAUAUAAAAAAGAAAACUAACAGCCAAGUCACAAAGAUAAAUGGGUUGCACAUAGACUAAGGAAUAAACUUCAGAUUUGUGAUUUUUGUUUCUAAUCUUGAUGUAAAUUUACACUAUUUAUAAAUACAUAUUUAUUGCUUGAAAAUAUUUGUGAAUGGAAUGCUGUUAUUUUUUCCAGAUUACCUGCCAUUGAAAUUUAAGGAGUUCUGUCAUUUGAAACACUACUCCUGUUACAUUUUCUAUGUGUAAAUAAAACUGCUUAGCAUUGUACAGAAACUUUUAUUAAAACUGUUUAAUGUUUAAAACGUUUUUUUUUUUUUUUUUUCUGUUUGAAUUUUACCAGAAUCAAUGUACAGUGCUUAGUCUUUUAUUCAUGUUCAGAUCUACAUAUAUAAAUAUAUAUAUUUAUAUAUACACGUGUGUGUGUAUAUAUGUAAAUAGAUAUCAAUUAUUGUGUGGGAGGCCGACUACGUUUUAUAUAAGGUCUAUAUCACUAGUAGAUAAGAUGUCUACUGUAAGUAUUGCUUACAAAACUGUUUUUGUUUGUUUUUUAUUAUAAAUAUAUAUAGUACGUUAUAAUCUGCAGUGUCCCUCAGAUUUUUUUUUAAUUGUUAAAGAUGCAAUAAAACAAAACAUUUAAGCCCUGUCAACUAUGAUGAAAUAGCUGUCCAAUAACUUAGAUUUGUUUUGUAUUUCCUGGCAUAAGAUGGUGAUAUUUAUCUCUGCACUUCAGAAUGCUACAUUGGCUUACAUUCCAAAAGAACCCAGGAAAUUUUAGGAAAGGGGUAACAAUGACCUGUUGAGAAGAGUUCUUUAAAAAGUACCUAUUUUUGAUUAAUAUGCAGUGUAUCCCAAAGAAAUAUGUAAUAAAGUUCUCCUGAUUCUAGAAUUUAUAUUCUUUUAAUAUUGGUUUUCGUGCAUCACUUAUGCUUUUUAAAUUCAUCUCUCUAUCUAUUUUUUUUUUUUUUCCCAGAUACCACUGAAAAACAAUUGGACUUUAUUUUUGAGCCUGAAACGCAAUGCAAAUAAAACAACAUAAUUUAAUUUA